GCUUAGGCCAGCUGGUCUCCGUAAAAUUCGUGAAAGUAAAAAUUUCUUUUUCCUACGGACAGUGUUCGAUUUAAAUGUCAGCAGCACUGGACUACUUACCUACUUAAAUCGUUAAAAAAAAUUAUUAUGCUGUGAUAUUAGAUAGUCUAACAGUUCGUAGUUGAUGAACAAAAAUCUAAUUAUGUUUGCACGAGUUACGUUUUAUCCGACUUUGUUGUACAAUGUGUUCAUGGAAAAAGUAACACAACGAAACUGGUACGAUAGGGUGGACGAACAUGUUUUACUAGGAGCUUUACCGUUUAGACAUAUGAGUCAAAAACUGGUUGACGAGGAAAACGUUAGAUGUAUAAUUUCAAUGAAUGAAUCUUACGAGUUGGAACAUUUUACUCCUUUACCCGAAGAAUGGAAAAAAAUGGGAGUCGAACACUGCCAACUGAGUACAAGAGAUAUAUUUGAAACGCCUUCACAUGAUAACUUAAUUAAAGGAGUUUCAAAGAUGGAAUCGUUCACUAAAAAUGGAAAAUCUGUAUAUGUUCAUUGUAAAGCUGGCAGAACUCGAAGUGCCACACUCGUUGGAUGUUAUCUUAUGCAUAAAUACAACUGGACUCCUCAACAGGCAAUCGAAAAAAUUGCUUCUAAGCGACCUCAUAUAUGGUUACGUAGUCAGCAGUUGGAAAGUCUAGACAAAUACUACAAUGAUAAGAUUGAAAUAGAAAAGUAGUUUAAGAAGGACAAUAUGUUGUUGAAGUGUAUUCAUCAACGAAUGAUUCCAGACAAUAAUGAUAAAUUGACAAUAAUUUUUAGCAGUAACUAUUUAUAUAGACUUAUAACAUAGGGUAUCUGUAUUAAGUCUAAUUAAAUAAUAAUAAUUUGUUAAGUACUCGUAGAAUUUACAUUUUAAUUUAUUUAAAUAAGUCAAUAUAAUAAUAAGUCUAAUACAUUAGGAAUAACUGUUCCUUUUCUUCCAAGUAUUGUGAAAACAUGUAUUCUAAGUAUUAUCUACCAUUGUGAACAACAUUCCCUUUGAUAACGGUUCGUUUUAGCAACAGAAAAAUUGUGACGGUAUUGCGAUUUCAAUCAUAAUUUAAUGAUACCUUUCCGAAUUUUAUAUUAUUAUUUAUUUUAUAAUGGGUAAUUUACCUUUUUAUAAUUGACAUAAAGAUAAAUAUAUUAGAGUUUACAGAUAAACU